AACCCCACUCCGCAUACCCAACCCAACCCCGUUCUGUAUAUAUUUUUGAGUUUUAUGUCAGGCAGCCUGCCGCUUUCAAUGUUGCUGGACGCCAUCUUUCUGAUACCCACACUAUUCACCUACGGCUUGAUCUUGCUGCUCAUCUGCAUUCUGUGCUUCAUUGUGGUGUACAUCAGUCACAAGAUUUACAUCUCCAUUUACGAUAAUCUGCCGCUGGCCGUGAAUCACGGCUCCAUGGACAGCGUGGACAUGCGAGGCUACAUCAACUCGCCGGUGCGUACUCAACGCUCGGCGCCGCAUGUGGCCAGCUCACGCUCGCACUUCAUCCAACCGACGACGGUGCGAAUUGCUGUGAAUCUGGAGCCCUGCUAUCUGGUGGGCAUUGAGUGCGACAUGUGUCCCAGCCAUCGUUCUGUUACCUUUCUGUGCAGCUGUGACCACGAGGCGGCCGCAUGUGCGGCUGUCCUGAAACGCCCACCCGAUGCCGUACGCAUAAUCCGCUACUACGAUCAACUCCACAAGAUUCCGCGUCUCAAAUUCAUGCUCAAGUGCAACCAGAGACCCAUGCUCAGCAUGCUGCGGCAGGAGAGCAGCAUUCGCAUCACGCUGGACAAUAUUAUGCGGGGAAGGAGAACUUAUCCAGAGCACGCCCCACCGGAGGUGGACAGUAGCACUGCUUGCAAUCCGCCGAGCCCACAUCAACGUCGGCAGUCAAUGGAAUGAGGAACUGAGGAAUGUGCGAUCGAGAGGGGGGAAUGCAUCUAUAAUUAGGUUUUCAUUUUUUGAUUUUUUGUAGAACUCGUUUGGCUGGCUGGCUGGCUGGCUGGCUGUCGUGCAUGCGAUUAAAGUGGAGUCGUCGUGGAAUACUCUACAGAGUCGACUCUAUUCAUAGGCCU